CGUAUACAACAAAGAUGGCGUCCCCCGACGAUGCACCGGUGGAAACCCCACACGUGGGUCAAAACAAGAAGCCGAAAAAACAGCCUCCAGCUCGUUACUGGCAGGAGCCGCAGGAGGAAGGAAAAGAUGGAAAUAAAGUUGUGAAAGACGGGGAACCGAGGGAAAAGUCCCAGCAGCGGACGGAGAAAAAGAAGAGAAAAGCAAAGACAAGACCACAGGGAGAAAAUGAAAAGGGUGGAAAGAAGUUUAUUUCAGGGAUUUCAGACCCUUUCCCUGGACCUGCUCCUAUUCCAGAAGACAGAGUCCAGAAGUUCAAGAGGAAAGAUAAAACAAAAAAGCCGAGGCGCCGGCAUUACAAGCUGAGAGAUAUGAUAACCCGAUCUGAAGAAGCCUCAGAAAUGGCUACGAAACAAGCUGCCCGGUUUGACCUUCUACUCCCUGAGGAUGCUGGGUUUUUGGAAGGUGAUGAAGAUGAGGACACAUGCACGAUCUCUCAAGAAGAUAUUGCAGAUGCUGUGGAUAUAACAUCUGGAGCAAAGUAUUUCAACCUAAAGCUGUCUCAGUUUGGUCCAUAUCGAGUGGAUUACAGCAAGACUGGCCGUCACCUGCUGCUCGGUGGGAGGAGAGGCCAUGUUGCUUGUAUAGACUGGCAAUCCAAACAGCUGAUGUGUGAGAUAAAUGUGAUGGAGUCGGUCAAUGAUGUAAAGUGGCUUCAUAGUGAAGCCAUGUAUGCAGUGGCUCAGAAGAAGUGGCUCUAUGUCUAUGACUCCAAUGGCAUAGAGCUUCACUGUAUCCGCAAAUUCAAUGACGUUCUUCGUAUGCAGUUCCUCCCAUACCACUUUUUGCUUGCCACAGCGAGUGCAACGAGUUUCCUGCAGUACCUGGAUGUAUCUGUGGGAAAGGAGGUGGCAGCCAUUUGCACCAAGACUGGUCGACUUGACGUGAUGUGCCAAAAUCCCCAUAACGCCAUCAUUCAUCUUGGCCACCACAACGGCACGGUCACCCUCUGGUCACCCAACCAGAAAGAAGCUCUCGUCAAGAUGCUCUGUCAUCAGGGUGGCGUGCGCUCUGUCGCUGUAGACAAGACUGGCACGUAUAUGGCAACAUCUGGAAUGGAUAAAAAGCUGAAAGUGUAUGACAUUAGAGCAUUCAAGCCCCUCAAGUCUUACUUCCUCCCUGCUGGAUCGUCCUGUCUGUCCCUGAGCCAGAAGGGGCUGCUGUCAGCUGCCACAGGAGACAUUGUUCAGAUUUACAGGGACGUUUGGAGCACUCCAGUGACUAAGCCUUACAUGGCUCACAGAGUUAAGGGGACUGUUUGGGGGCUGCAGUUCUGCCCCUUUGAGGAUGUCCUCGGGGUGGGGCAUGGAGACGGUUUCACCAGCAUGCUUGUACCAGGUGCAGGAGAGCCCAACUUUGAUGGUCUGGAUGCUAACCCGUACCGUAGCGCAAAGCAGAGGCAGGAGUGGGAGGUUAAGGCCCUGCUGGAGAAGAUUCAGCCAGAGCUCAUCAGCCUGGACCCCCAUGAGCUGGGGCAGGUGGACCAUGCCACCUUUCAGCAACGGCAUCAAGACAGGGUCCAAGCUCUGGGCUUUGAUCCACUUGCCAAGGAGAAAUUCAUUCCCAAGUACAAGAAAAAAGGUCGUAGCUCUGCUGGCAAUGUUGAAAGGCGCAAGAAACAAGUGGGUCAUGAAGACCAGAGGGAUUUAAUCAGGGAAGCUGUGGAAGACAAAAUGAAGAUGGAGAAAGAGAGAAAGGAGAGGGAGAAGAAAGCAACUGUGUUUUCUAGCCAGAGAUCUGCAUUGGACAGAUUCAAAAAGUAGAAAAGGAGGAGCCUUUGUGCAGCAGAAACCAAGGGACAUUCUGUGGGAGUGACUUUUGAACUUUAUAUAAAGGAAACAUUCUUUGGGACCCAUUUCUCCUCUGCUGGACCUAAACAUCAACUGCAGAAAACCAGGAUGAAGUCUGCUGAAAGAGGCUUGCUGUGAGAGGCAGGCAUUCAUGUAUACUCAAAGUUAAGUGCUGCAAUAGGACAGCUCUAGUCAAUGCUUUUGGCCUGAAGCACUAUCCGUCCACUUUGGUGGACAGUGCGAGGGGUCAAGGCUGUUAUCAGUGCAAAUUAUUCAGUCAACCUCAUCAAGUCUGGUGCUGUAAUGUCUAAGCUAACAGGAGUGGUUGUCAAAGAGUUUUUUUGUUUUUGUAUUAAUAUGCAAAAAUAGAAGAAAAUAAAAAGAAUUUGCUCUUUC